AUGCCAGCUAUUCCAAGGGAAAAGAUCCAGGCUGCAGCCUACCUCAAAGAUCCCACCCAUGCUAGAGAAGUGAAGGAUACUGUCGAUGUCGACUCUUCUGACUCGAUUGCGACUAUUACGACCAAAAAGCGCAAGAAAGGAGAUCGAUCUGGGGCCAAGCGCCUGAAGAUGAGUUCCUCAAUGGAGACCCUGUCGCCGGCGUCGAUUCACUCCAAGACGUCCAAGGGCUCGCAUAAAGAGUCCAAGAGAAACAAGAAUAAAACCAAGUCUGCCGUGUCGCAUGAAAUGCUAUCGGCCACACCGUCCGAAUUCACUGGGUUUGGAAUUCCGCUCAAGCUAUCGUCAGACCAGAAGGUCUCAAAACAAGCCGCUUCUACCACGCCCACGAACCCAUUUGAACUCACAGGCCUCCCGGCUUCAGAGUUCAUCUAUCCCCGUGACUUGGGUCUCUUCGACUGCUCAUCCGAAGAGAGUGAGCCUUCAUAUGAGCCAGUCUCCGAGUACUUGCCGGAGCAGCGCAACGAAAUCCCUACUCCAUACACCCCCGUUUUGCGCGCGGUGUCGCAGUACAACCAGCGCGCCUGGAGUAAGUGUGGCAGCGUGUGUGAGACCUGGUUGGCGCGUCAGAUGUAUGAGGAGCUGGAUGAUAUUUCUACUCGCAUUGGCAACAUUAUGCGUGGGAUCAAGGGGAUGCUAGAGGAGAAGGAGGCGAUGGAUAAUUGUGAUGAUUUUGAUGGUUUUGAUGGUUUUGAUGGUUUUGAUAAUCAUUUUGAGGAUGGGGACACCCUUGGUCCGUUCAACGGUAGUGGCCCUGGGAAUCCGUUGGAAUUGAGUGGCGGGGAAGAUGGUGCGCUCUUUGUGAGCUCUGAUGAGCGCGCUUACUCUGGUGAGAAACACGCUCGAUUUGGUGAGUCUAGUGGCUCUGGGGAUGAAUAG